AGAGACCAACACCAUGAUUUGAAAUACUAGUAUCGACGAGUGUCCUAUCUCCCUGCAGCCUUGUCCACCCUCCAGCAGUCUCGACUUCUCCAACCCGCAGCCAUGGCCGCACCGGCUGAACUCACCUGCGCCAGCCUGUCUGGCAAAUUUUACAUAAACACAUCCCUCUCUGACGGAGUCGAGGCGAUGCACACUCUCCAAGGAGCGAGCUGGACGGUCCACGAAGCAUUUCUAGCAUUCGCGUAUCCCGUUGUGCUCACGAUCAAAUCCUAUCGCCGAAAUCGGCUCCUCCAUAUCGACAUCACCACAGCCGUUGGCGGAAAUCCAAGAACGGAAGACAUCCGUGUACUGGAUUGGCAUGAUGCCGAACAUCUCGACGCAUUGAUUAGUGGCAAGUGCCAACACAAAUCACGACUCUUCAAGACCGGCCAACUCCAAUUGCAAGGUCCCGGAUCGGCCGACGAUGCCGCCUUCCUGCAGGCGGAGAAGCUCCCUAACGGCACCACCGGCUCGGGCUUUCUGGACGACGAACAGCUUCAAACUUGGUCCAAAAACAUUGAUGGUCGGGGGUUCCAGAGCGAGGAAGUCUGGGGGUUUGAAAUCGCCCAGGGCGAACGACGGCUUACCAGACGGGUCGUUACAUGGACCGUGUACAGGGUCCAGUGGAGCAGGUUCGUGUUUGACUACAGAGGAGAAGUCGUAGAGUGCAACGGCUUGUCAGACUAUUGA